GGAUUAUGGAGGGGAACUUGACAUACCUGCCAGGCAGAGAUGGCUCCAAGGAUAUAUUGGUGGGUUACACAGCACCAAUAUCUAACUCCUCUGCAGCCUACGAAUAUGCCUUCUUCUACCCAGAACUGGACAUGAACUGUGAUCUUGAAAAUAUUCCAGCGUUUGCAUCUACCUUUUUUCCGGUGCUGUACUCCCUACUGUUCGUGACUGGCCUUGUGGGAAAUGCUUUGGUUGUUUGGGUCCUAACAGUCUUCAAGAAAGUCAGGGCCAUGACUGACGUGUACCUGCUGAACCUCUCCAUCUCUGACCUUCUCUUUGUUUUCUCCCUCCCCUUCUUGGUUCAGUACUCCAUCGUGAACCAGUGGACUUUUGGAAAUGUGAUGUGUAAAAUCAUCAGCUCAGCUUACUUCAUUGGUUUCUACAGCAGCACCUUCUUCAUAACCAUCAUGAGCAUUGACAGGUACUUGGCCAUUGUCCAUUCUGUCUACGCUCUACGAGUCCGGACGACUGCCCAUGGGGUUAUCAUCAGCCUAGUUCUCUGGGUAAUUGCGAUUUUAGCAUCAGCACCAGAGUUAAUUUUUUUCCAGGAAAUGAAUUACAAUAACGAGACUAAGUGCAUCCCUCACUAUCCUGACAAUAACAAUGGCUGGAAGACUUUCAGUAAUUUUGAAGUCAAUGUCCUGGGGUGGCUGGUCCCUGUUGGUGUCUUCAUUUUCUGUUACCACAGCAUCUUGAAAAACCUGCAGAAGUGCCAUACUCAGAAUAAGUACAAAGCAAUGAAACUGGUUUUUAUUGUCGUCAUUGUGUUCUUUCUCUUCUGGACCCCUGUCAACAUUGUGCUUUUUCUGGACUCUCUGAGGAACAUGUACAUCAUUGAUGACUGCCAGACAAGCCAAAGGCUAGACCUAGCCAUGGAGCUGGCUGAGGCACUCUCCUUCGUCCACUGCUGCCUCAACCCGGUCAUCUAUGCCUUCGUGGGUGAGAAGUUCAAGAAGCAUCUCCGUGAAGCUUUCAGAAAAUACACACAUUUUCUGUUGAUCUGCAAAGACUACAGUGCUUUCGAUGGGCACAGCCUGGACAAGCACUCCUCUCUGCAUGUGACAUCCUCACAGUCGUCUUUUGUUGGCGCUGUCUUGUAG